UUUAAGUGUGAAAUGUUUUGUAUAUCUUUAUCGUCUCUUAUUCAUAUAUCUCAAUAUUUAUCUUCAUAAUGCUUUCCUGUUUCCAUAUGUUUUGAUCUAUUCAUGAAUUUUAGAUUAAACUUUAGAAAGACAUGAAGAUUUAUAUUUUGCCAGAUAUUUACACUGAUAAUAAUGAUUUUAUCCCCAUCCCGUUACACCCUACUGCUUUGAAUCUGAUUGUAUGAAAAUCGUGUUACCACUGGAUGCAUUGAAAUUAAGUUCAAAAGCUGUUCACACUUUCUUACUGUUAACUCGUCUUCCUGAUGACGAUCAUCACUUACAAAAAUAUUUUAUCCAGGAUGCGAAAUCAGAAAGCCGUACCUGUUGGAGAGGUUCACAGUAUUCCUCGAUAAGAAACCCAUCAUUCAAUAGAAAUCGAGUCACGUGUCACACUUCUGAUAGGAUGAUUACUCAUCCUGCUACUAUGUUUGGUAGAGUUCACAAAACCUUCCAGAAUCCCAAGGCCAUCUGGAAUCCUAUAAAUACCCUCGAUUUUCUGUACAUAAACUAAGCUUGAAGUAAAGCG